CUGCCGACCGCGGUUCACCGUCGGUAUACUUCCUCAGGUUGCCUUUCUCUAGGUUCCUUGACGUUCCUGUGGAAGGAGCUUCAGCGUUCCUCGGGAACGGCGUCCUAGCGUUCCGAGGACGUUCCAUGUCAGCGAGAAAAUGUUCUCGUCGUCGACUCAGAAAAAACAUUGGAUGUUCUCCAAUGAGAGAGACUUGGCGAAACUGAGAGAAUCCUCAAACACGAACUACAUACAGAAAAUGAUAGCCAGAGACGGUAAACCGCCGACCGAGGAUGUGUACGACACAUUCCUGUUACCACUCGAAGAGAAGAUGCUGUAUCGGCACUAUGAGUUCCUGCUCCGGGAGUUUUGUAAGAAGUUCACUCCGGCUGUUCCCAAAGCCGUUAUCGGGACGUCUCUGGCAUAUUUUAAACGAUAUUAUCUGAGGAACUCUGUUAUGGAUCUACACCCGAAACAAAUGAUCAUCACCUGCAUGUAUCUAGCUUGUAAAGUGGAGGAGUUCAACAUAUCUAUCACGCAGUUUGUAAAUAACGUGAAAGGCGACAGGGAAAAAGCUCAGGACAUCAUUCUGACGAACGAGCUCCUGCUCAUUCAGCAUCUGCAGUACCACCUGACUGUUCACAACCCGUAUCGAGCCGUGGAAGGUCUCCUGAUCGAUACGAAGACGCGGAUGUCUCACAUCAUCCAGGACGCUGAUAACUUACGACCUCUGAUCGAUGAUUUUCUGGACCGGAUGCUCCUCACCGAUGCCAGUCUGCUCUUUGCGCCAAGCCAGUUGGCGAUGGCGGCUAUUGUUUACGCAGUAAAUAAAGCUCACUUCGAUAGCAACGAAUAUCUGAAUAUAUUAUUCCAAGACGCUCCUCCUGACAAGCUGACCCACGCUCGCAGGAUAUGUAAGGAAAUGCAUCAGAUGAUCAAAGCGAUCGAAAUGCCGGCCAAGGAACAAGUCAAGCAGAUCGAGAAAAAACUGGAGAAAUGCCGAAAUCAGGAUAACAAUCCGGAUUCAGCAGCUUAUAAACGAAAAAUGGAGAUAGACGACGACAACAGCCGUCUCGCGAAGCAGGGUCGGUAUGAGGAUUCGAUGGAAUAAAGCAUCAUGCGAAUUUUCAACCUUUUA